AUGCUGUGGGCUGACCAGCUGGAAAGUAGCUUUGUAGAAAAGGAUCUGAGGGUCCUGCUGGACAACCAGCUGGACAUGAGCCAACUCUGUGCCCUCACAGCAAAGGCGGCCAACGGCCUCCUGGGCUAUAUUAAGAAGAGCGUUGCCAAACAGACAUCUUCAAGCAAGCGUCAGGAGGAAGGACAGCCCAUUUACUUGGCAGUGAAGGGAGUAGUAUUUGAUGUCACUUCUGGAAAAGAAUUUUAUGGAAAAGGAGCCCCAUAUAACGCUUUGGUUGGAAAAGACUCAACACGAGGAGUUGCAAAGAUGUCUCUGGAUCCAGCAGAUCUUACUCAUGACAUAACAGGACUCACAGAAGAGGAACUAAAGUCCCUGGAUGAUAUCUUCAAUAACGUGUACAAGGCCAAAUAUCCAAUUGUUGGCUAUACUUCUCGACGAAUUCUGAAUGAGGAUGGCAGCCCCAAUCUCGACUUUAAACCUGAGGAUCAACCACAUUUCAGCAUUAAAGAUGAGUUUUGAUUAGUGUUUUAGUACCUAGAGAAUACUCACAGGGCCACAAUAGAAUGAAUAUUAGAUUUGUUUCCUGAAAGGAAGGACAUUUUAUAUAAACUAUAGGUGUACACAUUUAUGUAUUUUCUAAACAGAAAACUGAUUGAUGAUAGCUAAUUGUUGGAAUGAAUUCCAGAAAACAGGGAGUCAAACAGAUCUAUGUUAGCGGCACAUACUCAUGCUGUUUGCUCUGAAUUAUAGGUAUUAUUUCAUAUGGACGUUCUUACUGCUUGUAUUUCUCUGUCUACAAACAUAUAAUUUAAAAUUACAUUCUUUAAGAGAUAAGGCGGUUUCUAAUAGUUGAACAUUUAGUGGUCUUUGUGUAAAUCCUAAGUUGUUUCCCAUUCCUUUAAAAACUGAAUGUAUUAUCUGGACCAGCUAGCAUCAAUUCUCUCUGCUUCAUUUUUUGUGAUUAAUUAUAGGUGCUCACAUAUAUAAAUAGGUGUAGCAGAUGCUUACUCUUUAAAAGGCAUUGUGGGAUUUAAUAUUUGACAGGUUUGAGAAUACUGGAAAUAAAAACAGUCGAUCUUUUAAAAUGUAGUUACAGUGGAAUAUUUAUGCAAAGCCUACAGCUAUAAAACAAGAAAAAUAAAUCUUUUUCCCGCUUGAGAAAUACUGUGACAUUUUCAGUAGAUUCUUAUUAUGUUAGUUUUAAAUAAAUGGCACUUCAUUUUUAUUUUUUGAAAUAAUUAUCAAAGAUGUCAUCUAUAUUAGAUUAUGAUGAUUUCCUUCUAGCUUCCUCCAGUCUCCCUCUGACAAAAAAAGGAAAUGAUAGCCCACUGUUUCCCACAUACUCUUAUAGUAUAAGUUUAUUACAGUAAUUUAGAAUCCUGUGGAAAUUUUUAGCAUCUUCGUAUUGACAAUUUCAGCCUCUCAUUUUUAAUUUCUGUUAGUUUUUCUUUGUUUUAGUCUGGCUUCAUCGCUGCUGUUGCAACGAGGUGUGCAUUCACAUAUUCCUCUUCACUUUAACCUAACAUAAAACUCCAGAUCCUGUAGGGUGAAAGAAGUCCUCCCUUUAUCAGAUUUCUCUGGCAGUAUUUCUUUUUAUUAUCCUCUCUUAAACCGUGUUACUGAUUUUACUGUAAAUUCAUUUUGUAUCUUACUAUUAGACCACAUAAGCUGGAGGAGGGGCUCCAUGGGCCACCUUCUCUUCUGCUGUUCUGUGGUGGUCUGGGGCAAAAUAAAUAACUUAGUUUUGAAGUAAAGAAAAUGUUAUUGCUUCAGAAAAUCAGUCACUGGUUGUUAUAACCACCGAUCUCUUGGCUGGACACCAACAGCAACUGGAAGUUGGCCCGUUGAUGAUGCCUGCCCACAGGUACCACCACUGUAUACCUGCCAUCUUUAUGUGCAUGGGGUGGGUGAUAAUAGCGCUGGUUGUUCUUUGCCAGCAUUUCACAGAUCAGUUUCCAAGGUCUACAUGUUUUUCUCCCUUCCCUUCCCUUCCUUGCGUGUUUGUUUCCUCAGGGGGCAGCUGUGGGAGAUGUGCUCCUGGGAUUAUUGUAAAUUGUCUUGGCUUCAUCUGAGAUCAGCAUACUCCUCAGCAUUUAACAAUUUCGGACGUGGAAAUUUUGUAGCUAGAUUGUUAACACAUCACCCCUGAGUGGCUUAGUGUUACUAUUCUCUCCCUGCUUUUCCUGUUCAUGCUAUGAAGCUCACCUUUGCUGAUCCCAAAGUUGAUAAGGCAUCUUCUAUUUAUACUUUCAGGUGCAUUUCAGGGAAGAAACCUUCCUGUUGCAACGGUGUUAUUGAAAUGGUGAUAUAAAAAGUCUUUUAAUGUGAGAUCCUUGCAAAUUCAGCCUGCCCUCAGUUGUGCCUGUGAAGGGAGGGAGACGUCCCAGUCCUUCCGUUCUGUUAUUAACAAGAUUAUCACAACUGAAUGCAUUUUAGAGUGCAGAAUGUUUCCUUUUUGUUUCCACUUCAGUUUGGGAACUGAAAUACUCACUUCUGUUCAGUCACUUCCUAAGCUAUUUCACUUCAGGUAUUAUGAUAAUAAGGCUUUCAGUGGGCCACCAGAAGGACUAUAUCCUUAACCUGGAUAUUCUUCACUACUGUUCACUAUCAUUAACUCCUGUUACUGAUAACAUGUUCAGUGACUACUUUUCUAAUGCAUUCAGAGUACCACAAUAUUUCUUUUAGUGUUACUUUAAUGACACUGUUUUGUUUCUAAGGCUGUUACUUGUUGACAGCCUGAAAUUUAUUUUGCUUAAAAGCAUACUGUCUGCUAUCAUUGUUUUGUUCAGUCAGUUGCAUUUCCUUGACCAAAAUACAUUUUGCCAGUAAGACAAGUGCCUUCACUAACUAUAAACUGCACUCAAAACAAUCAAACUGUGCAAAGCCAUAUUAUACCCCUCCCACUAUCCUACAGCUCCUUUGGAGAAUGACGACUUUCUUUUUAAUUUAUUUGGAGCUUCCCGCUGACAUUGCAAAUAUCAUUGUUUUUGCUGUGCUGCUUCUAAUCUGUGUCUUGUUAAUUUAACAGGAGGUUUUUAUAAUCAGAGGUUUUAAUGAAUUGCUGUGCCAAGAAAGGACUUACUUUAGUAACAGUUGACUCUCCAGAACGUUGAGAAAUAUCAGAUGGGUUCAUCACUGAGGAGAAGCAUAAACGGAGUUUUCCACCUGACACUUUUUCCACUAGUCCCUUACUUUUUAUCCUAAUACCUUUGACUAACUUUUGCGAUAGGAUUUGAAAACAGAUGUUCUUAUCUUAAGAAAAGGCUAGAUUCUGUGAUCCUUACUUUAAGAAGGAUUUAUCUGAUUAACAACUAGAGCAAGAGGAAUAACUGUAUAAGCAACCAAAAUUCAAGAACGGGGUUCCACUGAGUUUCAAAAUACACGUGAAAUGCAGAUCAAAGUAUAAUCUCAAUUUUUACAGUUGUAGAAAUGGCAGUUAAAUGAAAUCAGACUAAGAACAUGUACGGUAUGUUGGUAACAGCAUUAUUCUUCAUCCUAAUCAAAACAAGACUACUAGCCAGAAGGAUAUUUAAAAGAAUACAGGAACUUUUGAAUCCUAGUUCUAAUCCCAAAGGCUGACAUUUUUCCAAGAAGCGCAUGGCCUUGGGAUUAGACAUAAAAUAAAGUGGUUCUUUCUUAAUAAGUGUAACGUGUAUGGAGACCCUUCUUUCUGUAGCCCGUUGCUAAAAUACCAGAGUUUCAUUGAUUUAAGUGAAUCAAUUUCUGUAUCGGUUUUCUUACGCGGAACAGGCCUUCUUUUUCUUUGAAAACUGCUGCCUAGGCCAAACCAAUAAUCUUUGUGGUCUGACAAUAUCGGUCGUCAGUUUGGAGUACUGUAGGAAUCAAUGCUAGAUGAUGUUUCAGGCUGCGCUUGUCAUACCUGCCAGACUUUUACAUUUCAGUAAAAAUUAAAAGAGGAUGCUUAUCUAUUUCAAUACAGCGCUUUGGAGUGGGAGGAGCUUCCACACUGUUUGUAAAUCAUCUCCUUUAACUUUUGUUUCAAAACCACCGUCAGACUAUAUAUUCAACAAAUGAUAGUUUGGAAAAAUCUUCAAUUACUACAGUUUGUCCCUUGAAGACUCCCAAGAGCAUGCAAAACUCACUUGCUGGUGCAGGAGAAAAAACAGGA